AUGGAUAACCUGGUUUGUUUAAAGUUGUUAAGAUCCAGAAAAAGGUGCAACCGAAAGGAGAUACACAGUGUUCUGCCCAACGACUGUAACGACAUAGUAGCUCUGCUUUUCUUCAAAAGGAGGAGUAACUCUGAAGAUAAAGGCCUUAAUUUGUGCUUCAAUUUUUUCAACAGUCGUAAUAGUGCCCAUUUUUUCCUAAACAGUGAUACGCUAAACUGCUUCUGGAUAUGUUGCGACAAGGACACUUUUGCGAAAGGGAAAAGUGUGCAGCAUCAAAUUCCCGUUUUGAUAUCGCAACAAUCUGCCGUUUUGAAUUUCUACAAUUUUGCAAAUGUCAAUAAAAUAAAUGCGCACCUUGAAAAUCGAGAAAUAAUAAUUGAAGGUAACUCUCUUCAGCUCGAUAUUUACAAAAAGGCACACAGGCAUGGAAAGACAAGUGAAAGGAAUAAGCUGUACAAUUUUUAUAUUUCCUACGAUAGGCUCUUUCGCUUUGUCGUUUCUUUGAGUAAAAAACUCUCCUUUUUGCACUCGUUCAAUGAAAAAUUUGUGAAAAUAAUUCCCAAGGGGGAAAGCUCCUUCUUCAUCGUGCUGAACGACAUCGUCUGCAUUAAGCUGAUAGCGAAAGGGCUGAGCUUAAAAGUGACAAAAGUAUCAAGCCUGCAAAACAUUCUGACGAACGUGCGUGAUUAUAUUUACUUCCAGAAGUGUGUUUAUAGAACCUUCUUCACCGACUUCGACGUUAGUCAUGAUCUGUCGCACGCGUUGUUGGUGGACGUGCGCAACCAGCUCUGGUCCUUUGAUUUAGAAAUGUAUUACCGCCUUAACGUGGGGUGUGGAAAAAAUGAAGGCGUUUUUACGAAGAAGAAAAAGAUAAAAAACGUUGAAAUGUAUUCGCUACACGCAAAAGAGGAGCCAUUCAGAUAUGUAGAAAUUUGCCAAAAUGGGGAUAACGAAAAGGAGUUCCUCUCAGAGCAAAAGCAAUUGACCCAUUUUGAGAGAGGUAAAAAAAAGGUAAAGUUCAGCUUUGAAUCCUUUUUUCCUGACUCCUUCAAAUUGAGACACAAAUGCAUUUACGUAAAUGAAACGUGCAGGAGAGAAAAGGAUAAAAAUGUGAUUAGCAUUUGGAAUUACAAAAAUGUGGAGAACUCCAAAUAUGCCUACAUAAUUAGCGAAAUUAAAAAUCGGUGCGGAGAAAAAUGGAACUUCUACCAAUCUGUCAACCAAGCAGAGUCAUAUGAGGAGAAAGAGAGGAACACCCAUCGGGAAAGUUACACCAGAAUGUUAUAUUUCUACGAGUGGGAGAAAAGACCCACCUAUGAUAUGCACUUUUUAAAUCAUUCUAGUGAAUAUGGUGCAUGCUCCCAUGAGAAUGUACGGUGCAAUGAUGAAAACGGCUGGGGACAUGACCUUUCGGAAAAUUUUGGCGAUGAGACCGUAGGAUCUUACGGCAUACAAAUGGAUUACCACCUGGAGAAGAAGUAUAGCAUUCACCAGAAUGGGGAAAUCUAUCGGAACGUUGCUAGUCGGAGCGGUGGGGGAGUAAACAGCAUGGAGGAGGUACACGUGGUGAGGGACAAUAUGGGUAUCCUUAAAAAUGGGAAACCCACCGAUGGUUGUACCGAUUGUGAAGACCCACACAGGUGCGGCCACAAAGGGGGCGACCAUUCCGACGUAGAGUGGUGCGCCCCCAGUAACCCCUCCACUGCAUACAAAAAAGAGGAUCCCAAUUUAGAGAAUUCCAUAAAAAGACUCAAUCAGGUACUCCCAAAGUAUAUACAACACAUCCACGUGUACGACCACUUCACGGAUGUAAAAAAUUUACUCCUCAUUGAGAGAUUUCUAAAGUGGAAUGAUAAACGUGGAGAUAAUUUGCAAAAGGCGAAAGGUAAAAAUUCCCUGUAUGGUAAAAAAAUGAGCAGCGUAAAGUUACAUUUAUGUAGGCAGCACUUUUUUGUUGAAUAUGUACUUCGUCCACUGGAGGAAGAGGAAGGUGAGUACACUGAGCGAUACCUAACUGUUCUGAAAAGGGAGGGGAGCCAGAUUGAGUUCCUCUCCACACUGAAGAAUUACAAUUAUUUCUACCUAAACGACAGAUGGCAUGCUAUGAUCCACGUUGAUGAUGUGCUGUGCAAAGUGCUAUUCAAAAAUUACAUGCAGGCGCUGUUCAGCAUCAGUGCAUACAACGAGAGGGAAAAGACGGAGGGAAUUCUAAAAAUGAAUAAUCUCAAAAGACAUUACCACUACUUUGUCAUGCUAUACAACGGGUUCUUAAACAAAGACAUUCUUUUAAUUAGAAAAACGUUGAGAAUACUUUCCUUCAAAGAAACGGUACUCCUAUGCAGAAUGCUAUUUCACUACAUUUGGAGUAACUUCAACAUGGAAAUAAUUUAUUUUUACUUUUUUGAUUAUUUCUCCUUCGUAAAUCAUGUGUGGAGGAAGAAGUACAAACGGAAGAUGAGCAGUUUUGGGGGCAUUAUAAAGCAGAAGAGGGAGUGCAUCCAGAUAUACCUGGCAGUGUCUUUAAGAAAAAUCUCAGACAUCGUUGACGUGAUUGGGAAGAAGUACCUCUGCUUUCAGGAGAGCAACCAAUUUGAAAGAUCGAAGGUGCAAAGCGGGUUGGGGGGCAUCCCUGCGCUACAUAAUAACAAUAAUAAUAACAAUAAAAAGAGGAAGAAAAAAACCAUCAAAAUGAACAUUACACUUUCGAAAGGUAGACAAACGCAAAUGGGCAAUUUAAAGGACUCCUCCGAAAUGCUGAGUCGGCAAAAUGGAACCUCCCUCAUUCCGCAGAGUAGUUCCCCAAAGGGUGGAACCUUCGCAGAUGGGGAUUUUGCUCACCCCAAUUCGAAGAAAAACACGCAGGGGAAGGAAAUCCUGGUAGGGGGCCCACCUAAAGACAGCCCCAGUUGUGCUAACUCGACCGAACUGAAGAAGAGUCCAGCACGCGAAGGAAAUAAGCCACCCAUGUGCAAAAAUAUCAAACCCGAUAUAUCGCCUUACGGGAAAAGAACCAAACCCGUCUCAGAUGGCGGAAGCGGCAAUAGGAGAAACGACCAGAACAAAUAUGUAAAAAUAUUUCUCAUAUACUACUUCGAAAAGCUGUGCUUGCGCGAUAACUACAAUUUAUUUUUGAAUAGAAAGUACAGCAUAGAAAUGUGCUCCCUGACUUUACACUUUAUCAUCUCAUUUAUCGACCACUUUGUAAAGAAAAAACGAUCAAAUGGGGACAACUCCAGGAAAAAGAACAAUGCAAUUUUUCUCGAACUUAACAAAUAUAUUUAUUUUGCUAAACUUUUGAUGAAUGUCCUUCUAAGCAAUUAUGAAACGAGAGUAGAACAGACCACCAGAAGAAAUGUGAGCAGGGGGAAUGUCUGGGAAGAUAUGAACUCUUUUCAAAUUUCGAAUGGCAAAUUGAACGAACUUAAUUUUUUCAGUUCCACCUACCUUAGUGUGUACAGCAUGUACGAUUCGGUGGCGCAAAUAUUGUACGUAAAAAAAUCCGCCUCCGAUAAGAUAGGUAAGCUCCUUCAAUGGGAUAGCACUCUGGACAACGCUAGCAGUGGGGGUGCACCAAAUGGCCACGCGAUGGACGCGGUAAAGGGUGAGUCUACUCCUCAGCUGCAAAGUGAAGGUCAUAAAAGAAGAAGCAAGCGGAAUGACGGAGAGGCGUUACCCCCUGACGAGUCCUUUCGCACCUCUAAUGGGGGAACUUCCCAAAUGGUGGCCAAACCAAGCACAAAGGAUGGAAGCGAAAAAAGGAGUGACCCCCCUAAUGCUGACCGUUCGAAGCUAAUUAUAAGUGGAAGCAAUCUUGGGGUUCGCGAAACUGCUCAGGGGGUGUACCUCUCACCGGACCGUAACAUAGACAAUGCUCAAAAGUUUAGGAAUCUCGCUUUCUACCUGUGCUACUGCUUUAUCGCCACUACGAAGAGGAAAAAGAAGGCACUUCCAUACUUUUAUAUGAAAGACGUCCUAUACAGAGAAGUCGCUACCUCGAAUAAGUUACUUUGCGCCGAGCGCCCCUUCGAUAGAGUCAUUUACGACAUCCUCAAUAGCAACGAUUUGAGCACAACUAUUUAUUACAUCUACACGAAGAAGUAUGAAUUCUUUUUGAAUUUUCUGCUCCUAUAUUUUAACUACAACCUGCUGCACAAUUUUUUGCAAAGCAGUCGAGACGACUUCGUGCGGAACUUCGCCUAUGGCGUUGCCCGGGGGGGGGCGAACAGCGGGGGGAAGAAGCCGACCGGAGAUAUGACGACGAAGCAGGCGGCGAAACAGGCGGCGAAGCAGACGACUAAGCAGACGACGAAUCAGGCAACUAAUCAGACGACUAAUCAGACGACGAAGCUUAAGAUAAAGAUAAAGAUAAAGGUAAAGACAAACGAACAGAGUAAGGAGCGGAAGGGGGAAUAUAACGCUCUGUUCAACAAACUCCUAAGCGCCAUUAUAAACGACUCCGGAAUUACAGUCAACAGGGGAGAGACGCACAACUGUAGCACCUUCAUUGAUUAUUUGUUCAAGGCCGAGGGGGGAAACGCCUCCCCAAGUGGAAAAACAAAUGAAAGGCUGAUUAUUCGCAAAAGAGGGGUUGCUUCCGGGGAAACUUCUACCCAGGGGAACUCCAUCAAUGGGAUUGCGAACGGGGGGCGCGAGCCGACUGGAGAAAUUGACUACCCAGAUGAGAAAAACCACAAAGGUGAAGUGCAAAGGGGUAAAAUUACCCUCCCCUGUGGUAGCCCUGGAAUGAACCCCACCUGCGACCAUGCCAUUGAAGAAGUUCCUAUGUUCUCUCCUCACAAAAUGCAAUUCGAAGAAAGGAAGCACACACUGAAGAGCAGCAUAUUGAAGAUAUACAAAAUGUACGACACUCUGAAUGAUAGCCUCACGAAAUUAAAAAACGGAAUUCAAGUGAAAAACAUAAACACAUUUUUGCAUUUUCACAAUGAUAUAAAAAGAAUUUUAAAGAAGAACCUCGUAAGUGUCAUCAUGGAGGUGUACAAAUUAGUGAUUGAAGAUAAAUCGGGUUGUAAUUCUCACUUUAAGGGGAUCGUAAUGAAUCACUUGGUGAGCAACGCGAAGAUCCCUUUUUGCUUUAUCCAUUUGAACCCCCACAAAAUGGUGGUAAAUUACUAUGGUACUAUCAUAUAUAGACUGCUAUGCAGCAAUAUAGACACAUACCUAAACGUGUGUGUACGCAUAUUAAAAGUACUAUGUGUAGAUGUGCUGAGAUUUUUAAAAAGAAUUGCCCUAAACACUUUGAAGAAAUAUAUAAGAAAUAAUUUGCUCCUAUUUUUGCGUAAAAAUGGCUGUACAUUUAACGUGGCGGAUAAGAGGGCCAUCAAAUUUGUGGCAAUUUUGGAACUCUUCUACAGAAACAGUUCGUACGUAGCUGAGCAUAACAAUGCAUACACAGAUUAUAUGUUGAACAGAAAUGUUUUCAACCUUUAUCAUAAUGAUGCCUUCUUAGCUGCACUGAAGAAGAAGCUGCGCUGUAGUGGCCACAACUACGUUGAUGGGAGAAUAUACAAAGAGAAAAGCCCCUUGAGGGCUCUUACUCUCCUUAACAUGUUCGAUGCGUCCAGUCGGGGAAACGCCCAGUUUGUCAACCACUUUGACCACGCCGCGCAUUUGUAUGUGCCCUUCGUCAUUCAGAAUUUUUUCAACACGUACUACGUGCAGGGUGGGGAAGCCACGGAGGGGAAAAAGAGGGACAACAAAUGGGGCAAAAACAAAGCUUACUCGCAAUGCGCACCCCCCCUAAUAAGUCAUUUCCCACCGAAGUGGGUAAAUACCAAACGGAGGGGCACAAGAAAAUGUCACCUAGUGCGGAUGAAAAGGGGUUACUUAAUGAAAAUCGGGCACCAUGGAAGAAUGAAAAAUAAAUUUCGCCACACACACAGGGGCGAAGUGGCUAUACACCGGAGCAAUAAAAGGGCACUACCCAUUUGGGGAGGAAAAAAAAAAAUAAAUAUGCACACAAAUGAGUACAUCAAAAUGUGUGUACCGCGUCACGCGACAGAUUUGUUCUUCUCAAAUUUGGAAAGAUUACCCCUAGAAGAGAGCAAACAAAGGGUGGAUAUUAUGCCCCAUUUUGGGGGAACAAAUACAGAUGAUAUGCCCCCCGGGUGGGAUCUCCCCUCUGGUGAGCAAAACGAAAAAGGCACAAAAAUUGCAGCAAAUGAACAGGUACAAUUUAAUUCUACUAUGGUGAACACUGCUAAAUGUCAACCCAAGAACAACCCCAAAUGGGAAAAGAAACACUCUAGCAAAAUUUCCAGCUGCUACUACACAAGCAGAAAAGGGAAUAACAACGUGGUGACAUACAACAUGGCGAAAAAUUGGAUGAAGUUGAAAGGGGAGGAAGUAGACGACUUGACAAUUAUCAGUUACAAAAAUGUUAGCAGCAAUGUAGUUAGCGAAAGGGGUAGUAUGCUCUUGAAGGGAAAAGACUCGCACAGCAGUUGCCAAAAAAAAGGAAAAAAAUACUCUUUCAAUUUUGAUAACUACGAUAACGAGUGUUACUGCUUCUGCUGUGUAAACACCCAUGUAAAAAGAGGAGAAGAGAAAGGCAAAAAGGAAGGCAGCCAAAUGAUGCAAGCCGAUUAUAACUAUAGCAAUGUCGACUCGGUUGACGAUUUUGUAGUGCACAAUAAUCAGACCAUAGAGACCAUCUCAGAAAUUGCCCACAAAGACAGAAUUGCUGCAAAUGAGAGGAAUAUGAAAAGCGCCUACGUAAAUGAUACGUUUGUAAUUGAGCAGAGGGGGAAGGCAACCCACGAUGACGCAUUCAUGUUGAGAAACAACUCGGGGGAGAAAAUCCCUCACGCAUGUGUGAAAUGUGAAGAGGAGGAUGAAAAAUCAUCUGGAAUGUUAGCACAAUUUGGGAAAAGUCACAAAGGGGAGCACCCCAUUGGAAAGCGUUCUUACCGACUAACCCCGUGCGAUUUCCAUGGCGGUGCUUCCUACCUGUGCUGCUCCAUAGACAUGUUAAAAACGGUAAACAGAAACAUCAUGAUUAGAAUUAUUUUACAAAAUAGGGGCAUGACCUUUUUGUACUUCCUUAUGAAAUAUUUUGCCAAGAAGGGGACCCCAAAAUGGUUUGCACAACGAGGGACUGACUCCCACGAGGGGGAUCUCACCAGGGUGAGAAGCGAAUCAGGGGGAAACAUCCACCAUUUGGAGAGCUCCAAAAGGGGGAGAACUUCCUCAUCGUUUUUACCUAGCCAAUGGGGAACACUCACCGACCGGGUUGUCCUUAAAAAUGCACACGUCAAAGGUGAAGCGGAUAAAGAAGGGCUCGUAGGUGAGCAUUACCCCCUGGAAGACACCCCCAUUUGCAAACGCGUACUUUUAAAAAACAAACGUGGGGAAAAAAACAAAAUAGAAGCAAAAAAUUUAUACUACGAAUUAAUCAAACUUAUCAACAUAAGGUCGUAUAACUCUCGUUUUUUUUUGCACAUCCUGGAGUACUACGCGGAUAAUAGCGACUUGUCUGCGUUGUUUACCCUUCUGCAAACGUUAAAACAUUUUAGCGAUAAUUUCUUCCAGACGGCUCACAAAUCGGCUGAGUUUAACUUUUACGAAAGGGUCAAAAUUGGGAAGAGCAUCCAUCGGGGGGGGAACAAACGGGGUGAAGAGCGAAAACAGAACUGGGCGGGGCAGUCCAAAAUUGCGGAAGAGCCCCAAAGGAGUCGUCAACACGUGGACGAAUAUGAAAGAAGUUUCUUAAAAAUAUUAAGUUACAUUCAAAAUGAGUUCCAAAAUGAGUGCACACCUUACGUUUACAAUUUUGUCGAGUCAGUACUGGAGGCACAUGGGAUUUUCCUCUUAAAUUUUGACCCACUGUAUAACGUAAAAAUUUUGCACCACUCCCCUGGUAGGGAAAGCAUCCCCGGAGUGGCACCAAAUGGGGGACCUACAAAAAGGAGCGCCUUAAAUGAUUUUCCAAAUAUACAGAGCGCUGUAAAAGGCCACCUUUUCCGCGCCAGUCGCUCCCAAAGGUGCGCUCACAACAGCCACAUCUGCUACUCCCUGAUGGUGAAACUGAGCAGGAAUUUUCUAUGCUUGAAUUAUCCAUCACGCGAAAAUGUUAGAAGCAAAUUUAAUGUAGACAUCUCCGUCGGAAGGGACAGCAGCCUCAUGCAGUACAGGCGAAAGUACCUAACGUCCAACCGGGUGAACAAACUCCACAAGUACAUUUUAACCUACCUCCUGGGAAAUCAAAGCUACACAGGAAUAUACUUCUUCGUGUUGAUGAACAGCAAGCUAUUUAGAUCUCCACAGAAUUGCAAUUAUUUAGUAGAGCAGCUUUACAAAAGAGAACACCGCUUUUGCUUCUUCAGCAGGUCCCCCGAGUCGCACCUUCGCUAUUUGCCCUGCUACAUAUAUUCCCAGCUGCGCAACAAUUUGUUAGCGCUGUCUUUGUACAAUUUGGCGGACAUAUUUCUGCACAACUGGGAGGAGUUUUGCGCGAAGGAUGAGCCUGUCGAAGUGGUAAAUGUACAGAAAAGGGGUGAAAAAAAAGGAGUCCACUGCGUCCAAUUUAGGGUCUCGAAUGAAGGGUCUAUCCCACGAACGGUGCCCACCGAAGAACUUCACCACGAUGGGGCACUUUACCGAACGCAAGAGGGGAGAGAUCCGCCAAUUUUCCCUAGCAGGGAUGCCCCCCACAACGUGAACAAAGUAGCAAAGGAGCACAUGUCAGGGGAAGCACUGAGGCAAUCCCACCACGACGAUGCGGAAGGAAAGAACUCCAUUUUGAACUCCCUUUUGAGAAGAGACAAAGAUGGCAUUCCCUUCAUGUCCCUUCACGUGCUGUGCUUUCUAAAUUUUAAGUUAUUCCUUUGCAUCUUCAUGUUUAGCAAUGUAGACAUCUUUGACUUGAAAAGAAAUAAAAAAAAUAGUCCCACUUACGUAAAUAUUUAUUUUUUUAAAAAAUUAACGAAGAAGUUUAUGCCCUCUGUGUAUGAAGCGUACUUUGGAAGCAAAGCCCUUUUGAAGGCCAAAUUUAAAAUCAGGUUGGAGGAGGAAAAGGGCCCAAACAAGGACAUGUUCAAGUUGGCCAUCCGGAAUUUAGCCAGACAUCCGGAGAACUACCUCCAGGUGGGGAAGCACGGGGACGCACCUCAGCAGGGGGGAUCUCGCAACAAAACGGGGAGCGGCCCACACAGCCUAUGCUUCGAAAACAUCCCAAUAGUCAACAAACUGUGCACGUCCCGCUGUAAUAGCACAGAUGAGAAGUCCAAUUUGGUAGAGGCCAUCGCGAAGAUGAAAACACGCACGUGUUCUAAAAAAAAAAUCCACAAUUCUGCGAUGCAGUUCGAACACUGUUAUGAUUUUUUCACCUAUAACAAAGACCUGUCAUUGAGGCAAUUGCUACAGGAGACUGUGGACGAAACGUUCUUCAAAACGCACUUUUUCCCCUUUUCUAUUUUUAAAAAUAUUUUUAAAAGCGAAAAGGAUGACCCGUCUUUGGAACGUAUCGAAGUGUCCGCUUCAAACGGAGGUGAGAUAAAAGAGAGUCUUGACGGAAAAGCACUUUCAAAGAAGAAGCAGCGCUUAGAGGCGUAUCGCCUAUUUUGUAGUGACUCCCUCGCUGAAAAUAAAACGUUGAGGGGAAUGUACAACUAUAGGACAUUCUUUUCUGACGUGAGGAGGGGCCAAAAGACAGACCAUUACGCGAAUUAUGUGGCGAAAAUUAAGGGUGGGGAGCUAAAGAGGGGGGAAAUAACCAACACAAUGAGGAAAUCCACCUUUAGUUAUGGACAGGGCGAAUGCCACUACGAUGGUACACCUGACAAUCCCCCGCAACGUGGCCAUAAUAACUACCCCCCGGUCAGCAAAAACCGCUUCUACUUUUUAAAACAUUUCGAUGUGAAGCACUUCCUGAUUUCGUGCCAGCCGUUGGUAGCCUACCACAUACUGAUCAUUAAUCACGUUCACUACAAACACAGAAGGGAAGGAGACCUGUCCAAAUAUCUAUAUAUAAAUAACUUCAACACGAAAGAGUGCAACGAUUAUCUUUUAAGUAGCAGGAUUCACUUACCCCUAAAUUUAGCAGAAGGUCUAAAGAGUGUUAUUAGCGACUUAUGUUUGCAGCUGAGUAUUUUCUACUUUAACAAGAACGAUGUCCUGUGCUCCCUGUUGUGCUUCCUACAUCUGUGUAACGUCAACAUUGAAAAGGUAAAAAUGUACAUCCUCUGCAUGAAGAGCAUUUAUUAUUAUUUUAAAAAGAACUAUAAGAGGAGGGCCUUCUUCGACAAGUGGGUAAAGAGCUGUGUGGACUUCCUCCAAAUGGAUAAAUACACCCUUGACGAUUUUUACAAACAGAGGAAGAAUAUAUUUUACGAAAGUUUUAACCUCACGGGUAUCAAUUAUUAUGACUUGUUUGAAAAGAGCUUCAUCGAGUUGAUCGUCAUUAAACUGUUUUUGGAGCUCUUCAGGGAGGGGGCAAAAACGGACGUGGACGCUUCUCCACGGGAAGGGGCCAACAAAUGGGUCACGCAAAAUAGCGUCAGCACUAGUGAGACGUUGGUUCUUCCACGUAAGAAAGGCGAAGAAGGGGAUACGCACGCAUAUGUAGAAACGUGUGCGAAUAUUUGCGGUGGAGGGGGUAAGUGCGACAUGUCCGUGCUAUGCCAAGCAGAUACAGAUAGGUUACUCUCCCGUGGGGGGAGAAGCAGAAGUAGCAACAGAACGAAUCAGAGCAGAGCCGUUCCCGAUGAAGAUGAGAGCGCCCUGAGGGGAAACAUAAAUGGGUACCACUUGGAGGAGACCCAACCGGGAAAGCUACGCAACAGCGCAGGGGUAGGGGCAGAUUACUACACAAGCAAACCGCAGUCGAAAAAGAUGUUUAUCCUAAUUCUGCUGGAAAAGUCCAUACAGUAUAGAAUAAGAGACAAGAAGAUGAAAAAAAAAAAAAAAAAAUACUUUAACGAUUUUCUAAACAUCAUUUCGCUCUACUGCAAAGUGAACAAUGUGCACCAGCCCCUAACGUUGCUACACAUUCUGAGCAAGAAAAAUGACAUUUUCAUAUUCUUCUACGAAUGCAUUGAUAAAAAUAUAGACAUUAAGACGUGCCAAGAUAUCGUCAAUUUGUACACAAAGAAUAAGCACACCAAGAGGCACAUACUCACCUUCUUAAAUCACGUUCAGAAGAAUAUGCACACAAUAAUGAGCUACCAAGCGAGGGGCAAGCCUCACAAAUUGGAAUACCAAAGUGGAGAAGCGGAGAGAGCGGAAAGAGGCGGAGGAGGAAGUAGAAGUAGCUGCAAAGGCGAAACCCUCAGUAGUGGCACCGCGUACAACUCUACCAACGCACUGCUGCAAAAGAUACAGAGCGUCUUCACGGGGAAUACCCAUUUUUACCACCACGAAAGUGGCACAAUCCACGCGGGGAAAACAGUUCUGGAGUUACUCUACCAUUUGAUUUACAACAAUUAUGACUACAGGCGUGUGCAGAAUGCUGUCGAAGUGGUCAUCAGGCAUAAUACCUUUUACACCAAAUUUUAUAUAUACCUCACGGCCUACGUGCAGUUUAUUUUUAGGAGCAAAUUUGCCUACCUAUUUGUGGACAGGUGCAAAAGGGCAGUAGAAGUAGUGUCCACCGAGAGGCAUCUCAGCCAUGCCCAACUGAACAUGUAUGAAAAAACCUUUGGAAGGAAAUUUUACUCAUAUGAUGACCUCCACAAUUUUGUAGCGUUCUUUAAAAAAAAAAAAGCAGAAUAUAGAAACUUAAUGGUCAUGUUAAAGAACGUGUGGUUUUACCUACAAAUUAGUGGGUACCUAUUAUACCUCAAAGAUAUGCAACUUUUAAACCCAGAAAAGUUGAAAUUCUAUCACUGUGUGCAUAAUUUAGGGGAGUACCAAGUGAAGAGGAUGGACGUCUUUUUCGAUGUGAUGAAAAAAAAAGAAACGACGUAUUUGCUAAUUUUUUUUCUCCUUACCAAUGGUAUAUACAAUUUGCUGGAGAGAUUUCUCUACAUCUUCCAUUUUGACAAACCCAUAGUUUGCUUCUGCAAUUUCGUGCGAUGUGUUCGCGAGUGUCACUUUGACCGGGCACUGCAUUAUCUGAAGAAGCAUUACAACAAGUACGUUAGGAGGAGGUGCACAGGGGGGAACAAAUUAUACUACUUCUUUUUUAAGCACCUUGUAAAUUAUCUUUUCAUGGAGCGACCCAGCAUGAGGUAUGCCGGUUGA